AUGGGCAAUCUUCGUUUCUUCCUGGGGAUUGAAGUCGUCCGAUAUGCUGAUGGACUUUAUAUUAUCCAGAAAAAGUAUGCACAAAAUUUUCUUCAAAGGACCAUGAUGCAUUGUGCUAGAGCAAUUCACACACCAUUAUCUCAAAAAUGUGAUCUUCAUACAGAUGGUGGAUCUCCAGUUGAUGCAUCCGACUAUAGAAGUAUGGUUGGCGCUCUUCAAUAUCUUACUUUGAUGCGUCCUGAUCUUACUCAUGCUGUCAAUCAAGUUUGUCAAUUUAUGCAAGCCCCUACAACUACACAAUGGAAAGGGGUCAAUCGUAUCCUUCGCUAUCUAGCUAGAACUGUGAACUUUUGGCUUCGCAUUACAUCCAAAUACUCCUUGAAGCUAGUUGGCUUUUUCGAUGCCGACUGGGCAGGUUGUGCUGUCACUCGUCGAUCAACCACAGGCCUUUGUGUUUUCUUAGGUGCGAACUGCAUCUCGUGGUCAUCCAAGAAGCAACAUACUGUUGCAAAAUCCAGCGCUGAAGCCAAGUAUCGUGCACUUGCCUCUCUUGCAGCUGAAAUCACAUGGCUUCUCCAUUUGUUGAGACAUCUUGGUGUAUCACUUGAAUCUCCACCAGUACUUUACUGA